AAAUGAUAAAGCUGCCCUGGUACUUGAUUGUUUUGCACCUAUGCCUGCCUAUAGGUGGUACUGGGGCAACUGCGUCUAACCUUCGUCCUCUGCACUACAAUCUCAGUCUGCUGACCGAGGUGGAACCAUUGAAACUGAGUGGAAACUUCAGCGGCGAGGUUAUCAUCCGGCUGCGCGUGUGGCGAGAAACUCGCACGAUUAUCCUCAGUAAUAAUGGCCUACAAGUGGGGGAAAACGUGUUGCUAGUCCGGAGGAACACCGGUGGUCGGGUGACGGUGCGCAAAAUGUGGCAAGCUAGCAGCGUCCACCAACUUGGCAUCGUGUUCAAUAGUAUGCUCUGGCUGGGCGAGGAGUAUACGCUGGUUGUCCAGUUUAGUGGCCAGUUGUCCCGCGCCAGUGGCUACUUUGUGGGCGGCUACAUGGAUUCCAAACAUCAUCCGCAGUGGAUAGCGGUCACGCAACUGGCUCCUAAUCUGGCCAACACAGUCUUUCCCUGUUUCGAGAAUCGCACGUUCCUCGCUCCCUUCAUUCUUAAUUUGGCGCAUCCCAGGGGUACCAAUGCCGUGAGCAACAUGCGAGUACUCAAGACCUCCGACCAUGAAAAGGAUGACUACGUAUGGACUACCUUUCAGCAGACCCCAGCGAUGUCAGUACAGAAAUUGGCCUUCUCCAUCAACCGGUUCACCAAUCGAACGUCCGCGGAGAUUCCUAAAGGCCCCGCGCUGACCACCUGGCUGCGACCGAAGAUCGCGGAUCAGGGAGACUACGCCAUUAGCAUAACACCGCAGAUUAUUGUCUUCUUUAUUAGCCUCUUUGGAAAGCCGUAUCCUGCGAUGAAGAUUGAUCAACUGGUUCUGCCCGACACGGCCUAUCAGAGUCACGAGCAUUUAGGAUUGGUGAGCUACCCGGAGGCAGCAUUCCUCUACAGCGCGCAGCGCUCGACGACUAGGGCCAAGCAGCAGGUGGCCAGUCACGUGGCCCAAGAGUUCGCCCACCACUGGCUCUCCGACUUGGAGAAUGCCGCCCUUUACUGGCUGCACAAUGGCCUAUCCGACUAUGUGUCCGGAUUUGCCGUGGACAAUGUGGAGCCCGCCUGGCGGUUCCAUGAGCUAUCCAUGGUGCGACAGGCAUUGGCUGUACUAGUUGAGGACUCCAAGAGCAGUGCUUAUCCCAUGAGUCUUGCUUACGCCUCGAAGUCCUCAGAUACCCAGGCGAAUCAGAAGUCAGCCCUUCUAUUCCGCAUGCUGCACUCCCUCAUUGGGACCCAGGCCUUUUUAAACGCGUUGCGCCUGUACCUGCAGCGCUCGCACAAGGGAUCCUCCUCCAAUCAGGCAUUCCUGUGGCACACAUUGCAGGAGGAAUCGGACAACCAGAUGAGCUUGCGUCAGGACAUCAAAGUGAGCCAGCUGAUGGACUCGUGGACAAUGCAACCGGGUUAUCCGCUCAUUCGUGUGGUGCGCAACUAUGAUACCAACGAGGUGACCGUAACCCAAGAGCGCUUUCUGCGCAAUCCAGGCAAGCUUAUGCAGAAACGCCAACAAUGCUGGUGGGUGCCACUGACCUUCGCAACAGCCGGCAUCGAUAGCUUUGUAUCGACGCUGCCCAGCGAAUGGCUGACCUGCCAGGGCAGACAGACCGCCAGUCCGCUUAUCCUUAACGAGGUGGCCCAACCAGACAAGUGGGUGGUCUUCAAUCUCCGACUGGCCACGCCCUGUCGCAUUACCUAUGACGAGCGCAACUGGCAGCUGAUUGGAAAUGCUCUUUCCGGCACAAAUGCCAGCAGCAUUGACCGCUUUACACGGGCGCAGCUGAUCAGCGAUGUCCUCAACCUGGCCGGUGCCGGGGUUGUCACCUACGAUCUGGCCCUGAACUUUCUCGGACACCUGCGAAACGAGGACGAGUUCAUCGUGUGGCAGGCGGCGGACACGUAUCUGGAGUGGCUCCAUCGCACCCUGCGGCAAACCACCAUAAUCUCUACAUUCAAGGGCUUUAUGAGAGACCUACUGCAGACCAAGUUUGAUGAGCUCUUUAAGAGAGAUGGCUCCGCAGCUGAAAAUGCAAACAUUACCGAACUGAUGGUGAUCGUCCUGCAGUUGUCCUGCCGAACUGAUCUGGAAUCCUGUGCGGACUUCGCACUCAAGGAAUUCGCUGGCCUCACCCUGGAGACCAAUCGCAUUCCGGUGGAUCUAAGCGAAACCAUCUAUUGCACAGCCAUACAGUUUGGAACGGAAGCUGAUUGGACGCUGCUGAGAAGACUCUACACGCGGUCAAAUGUGAGCGAAGAGCGACGGAUCCUUCUGAGUGCCAUGGCCUGCAGUCGAGAAAACUGGGCGCUGGACAAGCUGCUCAACCUGGCAUUUGCCGGUCGAUAUAUGCCCAAGGAUGAUGUCCUGCUGAUCUUCAGUGCCGUGGCGCAGAAUCCUUUGGGCUACAACAUAGCCAAGAAAUACCUGGUGGACAACAUCAAGGCAAUCAUUAAAUUAUAUGGAAGCAAUACCGAUGAACUGGCACAGCUAGUUACCGUUCUUAUGAAAGAGGUCACCACGGAAGAAGAGCUAAACGCUUUACGAAUGUUUAUGAGAACCGAUCUUCAGAACCUUCCGGGCUUUGAAAUAGCCUUUCGUCGAAUCCUGGAACUGGGCGAAGACAACAUAUCAUGGCAUAACCGACAAUACCAUAAUCUGCUGGCCGCCGUUUGCAAUAUAACCGGGUCCAUAGAGCCGCAGUGCAUCUACUAGAAAGACCACAAAUUUCGACUCCGAUUUGUAAAAAAUUAGAAUUUCCAACUUUGAAUACUGGUCGAUAGGGAAUUUCGUUACGAAUUCAACGAGGUAUCCCAUUCCACAUUUGGGCGAUUAUUUUUAUUCUUAUUAAGAAAAUACUUAUUAUUUUUUACCAAAAAAUUAAAUUUCCC